CCUUUUCCCAACGGCCUCAUCCAGGCUCCUCUGCUUCCUUCCCCAAAUGCCGCCGCGCCUCCACUAGCUCUUCCUCUCUUCAUUACUCCCCCCCUUCCCCGCUGCUUCCUGCUCUGCUCGCCUUCGCCGACCAUGGGCUGCUUCCUUGGCUGCUUCGGGGGCGCCAAGGGCAAGAAGGAGCGCCGCCAGCGCAGGCGGAAGCGGUCCCCCGCGCAAUCCCCGUCCGGGCGCGGCCGCCACUCGCCCAGGAGGGUCGAUUUGGAUGGGGAGGUCGUCUCCGCCGCCGCGCCGCUCCUCUCCACGCUCCUCGAGCUCAGGGAUUCGACGGAUGACAUGUGCCUGGCCGUCGUGAAGAAGAAGGUGACGUUCGAUCCGAACGUGACCGCCUACGAGGCGCCCGCGAUCCCGGAGGGCGAGGAACAGGAGGAGGAGGACCAGGCCCAUCCGGCGGCCGGCGGCGGGAGAGACGAGGAGCAGUGGAUGCUGGGGCCAGAGUGCGCGAAAUCCGAGGCUUUCCCGCUGAACCACAGGUACGGCAAGUGCGCUGCGGGGGACGACGACAGCGACUACGAGGAGGAGGACUACGACGACGAGGACGAGGACGAAGGGUAUGAGGAUGAUGAGGAGGAAGACGUGGACGGGAUCGACGAGUGCGCGAUCGAGGAUGACGAAGAAGAACAUGGUGGGCUCCUCGGCAUCGCGCGUGGCGAGGAGGAAGCAUGCGAGUCGCUGUUCCUGCUCCCGGUGAUCAAGACCAAGGAGAGCGCCGGCCAGCAAGCGGCCGGAGAACCGCCUUGCCAGACGCGCGAGCUUGGGAACCCCGUGCUCAACUCGGUGGAGAAUUUCACCCAAUGGAAGGAAGCCAAAUCCAACACCUCCGCGGCCGCGUCGAAGAAUUCGGAGAAGGAGAACAUCGUCACGCUGGGGCAAGAGAACAGGUCGACGGACAAGCUCUCCGACCCGGCGAUCCCGGCCAAGAAGAAAGAGUGGCUGCUGGCGGUGAGCUCUGACUACAGCCCCAGCACGCCAAGCAAGCAAGAGGUCUCGGUGGACGCCAGCCUCUCGACAUGGCUGGGCUCCACGGGGACGCCGGAGAGCAACUCAGUCCGGUCUUACUCGCCGAUCAGCCGAGAAGAACGGCCUAUCCUUGGGGCCUUGACCGUGGAGGACAUCAAGAUUUCAUCGGCCAACUCAUCGCCGAGGAGGUCAAGGUCCCCAAGCCCGAGCCCUGACGACAUGCCGAUCCUCGGGACAGUAGGGGCUUACUGGAAUUCCAGCGGCAGUGAUUCGGUGACAAGAGGGGGUUUUAUGAAGACCAGGAGCAGAUUUGGGCAGAAUUUCGCAUGAUGAAAUGCUGAAUCGCUGCUGAAUAUGUCUUCCAACUGGAAGAUAGGAAAAGGCAGGUCUCCUUGAUGCUUAAGAAGAUACAGAGUUUCUGAGAUUGUGAAGCCAGUGAAGUUCCUUCAGAGAACAUCAUAUUCUUUGUGUGAGUGUGUGUCUGUGUGUUGUAAACAUUGUCAUUCUAUAGCAUGGUGAUUCUUUGAUGGCAUUGUCGAUAUGAUGUAUUCUUUUGUCGAUAUGAUGAUUUACUGCAUUUCUCUGAA